AUAAGCGGUUGUUUAAGUAAUUCUCCCGAUUAAACAAUAAAAGAUUGUCUUCCACAGGGGUAUCCGUACGAUGUUAACAUUUCGGACAGGACAAGAUUGAUGGUUUUCGCUAUAAUCGAACCUCUACCCAUUUUUGAAUCAUAUAUUUUUUGACAAUCUAUCGCGUGAUGACAAGUGAUUUGAACAGUGAAAUUGUUCCAGAAAUCCAAUCCGUGUAUAAAGGAAUGACUCUACUAAGAAACGGGGGUCAGAGAAAACAGGAAACUGCUAUCAGUUACAUAUAUCAGCCAGAGCUCAUUUUCAAGCAUAAAUAGCCUAAUUAUAGGACGGGGAACUGUUUUGAGCUCUUUUAAUCAAGUGGGUUUUUCUUCUCUAAUCUCCAUCUUCAAGUUAAUUUCUGUUUUCUUGUUAAUUGUCAUUGACUCAUUGUUUUGAUGGAGAUAAGGUUCUUUGUUUAAACUUAAGAUGCAUAUACUCUAAUUUAAGACUCAGGAAGUUUAAGUUCAACUUCUGUAUAUUUCAUAUUUCCUCGUUCAAUUGUCUCUGCAUAUCUAUUGGCUCAAUCUCUUUUAAGCUUUUUAGUACUGGAAAAAAUUAGUCUUUCUGGUCAUCGGGUAUGUUUGCUGUUCUUGGUAAGUUUCAUCUGCCUCAAAACCGAAUAUAUAUCAAUUUGUAGCCUGUGAUUCCCUCAGCCCACUAGUUUUCGUAUUCGUUUUUAUCGGGUUUUCUGCAGAUUAGCUAGGAUCAGUUUUGAUCAUAUUCUGUUGCUUCAAGUUCAUUUUUGUCUCUUUUAAAAUUGGAUUGCCUCAACAAUUUGUUUGAACUUUGAACUCCCGACCUAGUGGCUUCAAUUAUUCAUUCAGUACUCAUUUUGGAAAGUUGCUCUUUCCGUGGUAUUUUGAAUGCUUCAUUCAUAACUCUGUAAAGUAAUUCUUUACAUUUCAUACAGGAGUAAUUCUUUACAUUUCACACAGGGUUCAAAUUCAUCGCCUUUGUUCGUAGAAAUGAUUGGACAAAUAGCGGUUGGAGUGGCCGCAAGUUUUCUGGUUUGGGCUUAUAUGUCACUGAAGCCUCCCCCUUCAAGAGUUUGCGGCACACCAGGUGGUCCUCCGGUGACUUCACCGAGAAUAAAGCUCAGUGAUGGGAGAUAUUUGGCUUACAAAGAGGCAGGGGUUAGCAAAGAAAAGGCCAAGCACAAGGUCAUUCUGAUUCAUGGUUUUGACACCUCUAAGGAUUUGAACUUCCCGGUUCCUCAAGAUAUCAUAGAGGAACUUGGGAUCUAUUUUCUCUCAUUUGAUCGGGCAGGUUAUGGAGAUAGUGAUCCGUACCCAUCGCGCUCAGUAAAGAGUGAAGCUUAUGAUAUUCAGGAACUGGCUGACAAGCUGGAAAUAGGCUCCAAGUUCUAUGUUAUUGGAUUCUCCAUGGGGGGAUAUCCUGCUUGGAGUUGUCUGAGAUACAUUCCUCAUAGGUUGUUGGGGGCGGCACUAGUAGUCCCUUUUGUUCACUAUUGGUGGCCAUGCCUCCCUGCUGAAUUAGCUAAGCAAGCCUUCCGGAAGCUACUUCCACAAGACCAAUGGACAUUUCGGGUUGCACAUUAUGCUCCAUGGUUGUUCAAUUGGUGGAUGACACAAAAAUGGUUCCAUUCCUUAAGUCUUCUGGAAGGAAACAUGUCAAUUUUAUGCAGCCAGGAUCUAGAGAUGGUAAAGAAGUUAUCAAGCAAGCCAAAUCCUGGACAGGUAGCUCAAUUGCCUACUUCUCGUUCGAUCAUGAAUUAUGAGGAUUGCUUCUUAUGAGGGCAAGUGAUUGAUCGAUCUCUAAUUCUCUUGAAACAUUCGCAGGAGAAAAUCAGACAGCAAGGGCUUUAUGAAUCAUUGUAUCGCGAUAUAAUGGCUGGUUACGCCCAAUGGGAAUUCGAUCCUGCUGAUAUACCCGAUUUGUUCCCUAACAAAGAGGGCUCAGUUCACAUUUGGCAAGGCUGUGAAGACAGGAUUAUCCCAUUCGAAAUCAAUCGUUUCAUAGCGAAGAAACUUCCAUGGAUUCAGUAUCAUGAGGUUCCGAAUGCAGGGCAUAUGAUGAUGUUCGAUCCCAAAGUAUGUGAAUCUAUAGUUAGAGAACUUCUGCCAGCAGAAUGAUCAUGACUAUUAUGAUCAACUUCAGCACUUGGAAAGUUGCAGAACAUACUACAGCUAGCUAGCCUAAUCAAUAGUAUUAUUGAAGUUUACUAAUAGAAGCUACGUAAUUUAAUUUCACAGGUUUUGGCUUUUUGUUUAAUUUGCUUUCUUUAUUAUAAAACUUGCAUAACAUUCUGCCAUUAAUGAAAUUUCUCUUUUUUUUACCCUCUCUCCUUUUUUUUUUUUAAAGCCGCACUAAGCACACAAAAUAACUACUUAGUCCAUUUUACCUCUGACAUGAUUACCCAAGUUUUACUUCCCAUCUCAGAAGCCAAUGCUUAAGAGUAUAUCUGUCCAUUGACAAAAAAAAAACAACAGUACCAUAAGUUUCUUGAUUAAAUGGAUCAGUAAGAAACGGAGUCAUAAGUUACAAGUACCAAAAGCUCGUGUCCAUGUUCUGGCUCAACCGUCAAGGCAUCAUGUUUUGAAGUUUGCAAAAGUACUAAUGGGGAAGCUUCCUCCUGUAUUAUUUCAGGAAUGAUUUUCUUAGUGUGGUUAUACCUCCCUGAAGGUGCCAUUGAGGCAUUGAUUGAAAUAGAACCCCUGAUGCUUUGAAGUUCUUCAAAUGCUCGUCCUUCUGUCUCAGGAACCGAUUCCACAAUGAACAGAACCACCCUGGAAAGAAGUGAUGGCGAAUACGAAAAAAAGAUUCCUGCAAGGAUUACAUCUCAGCAUCAGACGAUAUCCAAAUGUCCGAUGGACAGCGUAUCAAUUAACAACGUUUAUUGAAGGGCAUCACCUGAUGAAUUCCAUGAAGUAAGAAACCGGAUGCGUUGGCUUACUGUGUGACAACGAAAGCAGUUGCCUAGAGUUACAGCAGGCCUUCAUGCAGUGCCUUUCAUAUUUGUAUAGAUGAUCUGUGGAAGGUAAAGAUCAUUUCAGAUCUCAGUUGCAAGUCUAGUAAGUAUGUCAUUGAGGCAUUUUGUGGAAUGCCAUUGAAAAUAGUAGCUCUGACAUGAUCGCCCAAUAGUACUCCCUUUUCCAGGAGCCAAUGCAGGAGAGUAUACACAUUCAAUAAUGAAAGUUUCUCCACAUAAUUAGUGUUCCGUUUGGGUUUUCAUUUUUAGUUCAAAUUGUUCUAAUGUGAAAUUUCAAACUGGACAAUAAUUUUGGGACACAGGGAGUAUCAAAUUGCCAAAUUGGUUGGGUAUCAC